UCGGGCCGAGGCGGAGAUUGAGUGCGAUGCGGCGGAGAGUUGGGCCGGCCUUGGGCCUUGUGGUGUCUAAGAUACCUCUAACCGUUAGCUGCAUUUCCAGAAGUCCCCUCUAUAGUCUAGAUAAAAGCAUCAAGGGAUGGUGAAGGAAUAGUAAAGUUACGAAGAGAGGACUAUAUAUAAAGGGAUGGUGGAAACGGAGCCCUCGUCGCACGCCUACCAGUUGAGCAGCCUCGGUGAAACCCUUCCGCCAAUGGGGGAUUCGGAGUCGCAGCCUUCCUCGGAGAAACCCUUCCGCCUCUUCUCCACCAAACCCAAACCCCCUACCAAGGCGCCUCCACCUCCCCCUCCCCCCCAGCUCUUCAACUCCGCCUCCAUCGACACCGACCGCGGCGAUCCCGAUGCCGGCACCGGCCCCGUCUCCUUUUCCGAGCUGGGCCUCUUCCAGUGGGGCGUCGACACCUGCCGCGAGCUCGGCAUGCGGCGGCCCACCCCCGUCCAGCGCCGCUGCAUUCCCCGCAUCCUCGCCGGCGAUGACGUCCUUGGCAUCGCCCAGACCGGCAGCGGCAAGACCGCCGCCUUCGCCCUCCCCAUUCUCCACCGCCUCGCCGAGGACCCCUACGGUGUCUUCGCCCUCGUCCUCACCCCCACCCGCGAGCUUGCCUGCCAGCUCGCCGAGCAGUUCCGGGCCCUCGGCUCGCCCCUCAAUGUGCGCUGCACCCUCAUCGUUGGGGGCAUGGACAUGAUCGGCCAGGCACGGGCCCUGGUGCAGCGGCCGCACAUCGUUGUCGCGACUCCUGGAAGGAUUAAAGUCCUCCUCGAGGAGGAUCCUGAUAUCCCUGCCGCGUUCUCCAAGACCAAGUUUCUAGUUCUGGAUGAGGCUGAUAGGGUUUUGGAUGUUGGUUUUGAGGAGGAACUGAGAGUGAUAUUUCAAUGUUUGCCUAAAAAUAGGCAAACUCUUCUCUUCUCUGCAACGAUGACAAAUGAGCUGCAGGCAUUGCUUGAGAUUUCUGCAAACAGAUCAUACUUUUUUGAGGCAUAUGAAGGGUUCAGAACAGUAGAUUCUUUACAACAACAAUACAUAUUCACCCCUAAAAAUCUGAAGGAUCUUUAUCUUUUUCAUGUCUUGUCUAAAAUGGAGGAGGAGGGUACCCGUUCAGCCAUUGUAUUUGUUUCCACCUGCAGGACUUGUCAUCUACUGAGUUUGUUGUUGGAAGAACUCGAUCAGGCUGCAGUAGCUCUGCACUCACAUAAGUCACAGUCUCUGAGACUUUCUGCAUUAAAUCGAUUUAAGUCCGGUCAGGUUCCUGUUUUGCUUGCCACUGAUGUAGCCAGCCGUGGUUUGGAUAUUCAAACAGUUGAUCUUGUUAUCAAUUAUGACAUUCCAAGGUAUCCAAGAGAUUAUGUCCACCGUGUGGGAAGGACUGCAAGAGCUGGCAGAGGAGGACUCUCUAUAAGCUUUGUUACGCAGCGUCCAGGACUGUGCUCGUCUCUGGGUGACCCCACUCCUGGCUUCUUGAAGGUGAACUUUGAUGAUAGCGCUGGUGUGGGCGGGAGUUGUGGAGGCGUGGGAUUUGUUCUCAGAGAGCACGAUGCCAGACUGGUGGCGGUUGGCGGUCGGUGUAUAUUUGACAUGUCUGUUGGUUGUGCUGAGCUUAAAGCUACUUGGGAGGACAUCACCUUCACGAGGCGGGAGCUGGGUGCAGACUGGAUCCUCCUCGAGGGGGACUCGGCCACGGUGAUCGAGUGGGUUGGGGGUCAGGGAGGCGAUGCGGAGGGAGGGUCACUGCUCCACGACAUUCGCAGGCUUCUGGAGGAGUAUGGCUCCCACUUGGCCACGCACGUCUACAGGAAGGCAAAUAGUGCUGCUGACUGGGUUGUCUCCUUUGCUGCUCACCAUUCCGGUGGAUUCAUAUGCGGAAACCAAGGCUCUCUGCCUGAGCCCCUACGUGGGCACCUAUUUUCUGAUUUUGUUGGCUGCAUUCACACCCGUUGUGUGUAAGCCGCCAUUAUACCAAAAAAAAAAAAAAAUCAAAUGUUGGGAUGUUCGAUACUGAGUUAAUUGAGUUUUCCAACCAGAAUUUUGUAUAUUUAGGAUCAUCAAAAAUUUCUCAUAUAAGCCAUUAAAUUGGGGUGUGCAUUCAUGUGUUUGUCUAUAUAUAUAUGUAUGUAUGUAUUUAUAUACAUAUAUGCUUUCACAUAAUAUCCAAAAGAUGUUCUUUAGUCUACCUUUCCUCUUACCUUGCAUUAGUAGAUUUAAAU